UUGAGUUAGUUAAAAUGCAUAUGGAUUAGAUUUGUGGGAACCCACAAGAGUUUAGCUGCCAAAUUAUCUUAGGCUCUUAGCCAUGUGAACAAUACUUAACAAGUUAUAGAGAGAAGAUUCUGUUGGUAAUUAGUGGAGUAGUACUAUAUAGUUCAAGGAGAAGGAUGUGAAAUUUUACAAGCAUUCUAUUUACUCUAUUCACAGUUGUGAAAAUAAUAAGUCACUGAGUAGGUGCAUGGUCUGGCCUAUUCAGCAUUUCCCUGUGUCUCUAUAACUCUACUUGUAAUACUUGUCCAGAGAGACCCACACUCAUCUCAUACCCUAUAACAAACACCUGAGCAAAGCCAUACCAUUUUGCAGCAGUCUCCAGAGAGUGUGUUUUUGAAACUUUCCUGGGAGCAUCAAUGGCAGUGUUGGUGUUGGCUGUUGGGAUGUUUUUGGGAUUGUGUAUCUGCUUUGCUUUGUUCUUGAAAUGGAAUGAGAUAAGGUAUACGAGGAAAGGCUUGCCUCCAGGGACAAUGGGAUGGCCAGUUUUUGGAGAGACCACAGAAUUCCUCAGAUAUGGACCUGAUUUCAUGAAAAACCAGAGAGCAAGGUAUGGAAGUUUAUUUAAGUCACAUAUCUUCGGGUGUCCUACCAUUAUUUCCAUGGAUCCAGAGCUCAACAGAUACAUCCUAUUGAAUGAAGGAAAAGGACUUGUUCCUGGCUACCCCCAGUCCAUGCUAGAUAUACUAGGGAAAUGCAACAUUGCUGCUGUGCAUGGUUCUACUCACAAAUACAUUAGAGGGUCAUUGCUAUCCCUCAUUGGCCCUUCCAUGAUCAAGGAUCAGCUUUUGCCGAAAAUCGACCAGUCCAUCAGGUCUUUUCUUUGCAAUUGGCAAGGCAAAAACAUUGAUAUCCAAGAAAGAACCACUGAGAUGGCAUUGUUCAUAUCCUUCAAGCAGAUCCUUGAAACAGAAUCGAAUUCGAUUUAUGAGAUUUUCAAACCAGAGUUUGACAAGCUAGUGGCAGGGGCAUUGUCACUACCCAUAAACAUUCCAGGCUCAAAUUAUCAUUAUGGUUUCCAGGGAAGAAAAAGAGUCAUUAAAAUCUUGAGGCAAAUUAUUAAGGAGAGAAGAGCUUCUUCAAUAACCCAUAAUGAUAUUCUUGGUCACCUUCUAAGAAAUGAAGGCUCAAAAUACCAUUUGAAUGAUAAGGAGAUACUUGAUCAGGUUAUUACAAUUAUGUAUUCAGGUUAUGAAACUGUAUCAACUACUUCAAUGAUGGCCAUCAAGUAUCUACAUGACCACCCUAUUGCUCUUCAACAAAUUAGAGAAGAGCAUUUAGCGAUUCGCGACAGGAAAAAACCAGGGGAUAACAUUGACUGGGAUAACUACAAAUCCAUGAGUUUUACUCGUGCUGUGAUUUUUGAAACAUCAAGAUUGGCUACAAUUGUAAAUGGGGUACUAAGAAAGACAACAAAAGAUAUUGAACUGAAUGGGUUUAUCAUUCCAAAAGGAUGGAGAAUAUAUGUUUAUACAAGGGAGAUUAACUAUGAUCCAUUGCUCUAUCGAGAGCCUUUAACUUUCAAUCCAUGGAGAUGGCUGGAUAAGAGCUUGGAGUCUCGAAACUAUUGCUUCAUGUUUGGAGGAGGAAGUAGGCUAUGCCCUGGAAAGGAAUUGGGCAUAGUUAUAAUUUCUACAUUCCUUCACUAUUUUGUCACAAAAUACAGGUGGGAGGAAGUUGGCGGAGAUGAGAUUCUGAAAUUUCCUAGAGUUGAAGCACCAAAUGGGCUGCAUAUAAGGGUAUCCAAGUUCUGAAAGAUUACAGGAACAUGAUCAUUACAGAUGGAGAUACAUAGAAUAAGCAAAGAAUAUAGCUAGAAAAAAAUUUUUAACAUGCCUAACAGUUGCAGGUAUGAAAUUAGUCGUCUGUUAUGGCCCUGAGAAGUGAGAACCACAGAAGAAAGCAGAGUUUAAGUUCAUUUUCAGAAACUGUUCGACGCAGUUUUGGUAGCUAAAUGUUGAAACUUGGAACACAACAUUGUAGAUGCAAUGCUACCAUUUAUAAGACCUGAAAUAGAAAUUAUAAACGACAUUGAAUC